AUGAAAUUAUCUAAAUUAGAUUUAUUUUCUUCUGAGUUUUACUUUAACUUAGAAGGUUAACGUUAAAAAAAGGGUACUUUUUAAGGUGUUAUAUUAACACUUUUAUCUACUUUUGUGAUUCUUUCUUACUUUAUUUAUUUGUGUAAUCAAUAUCUAAACAACUAAAUUGAUCCAUAAUUUAGAUCUUAAAGCUUUAUAACUAAUAUAAGAAGAGAAAUACCAUUGAAUGAAGACUUUAUUGGAUUUAACUUCUAUUAUAAUACUAGUUUAACAUUAAGUUAAUUUCAAGCAUAAUAGAAUAAAACAUACUUAGUAUUCAUUCCAUUUCUAUACUAUCAAGAUAAAUCAAAUAAUGUCUUUUAGCAAAUUAAUUUGAACACAACUUAGUGCAAUAACCCUUAGCUAGAAGGUUAGAAUUGUAUUGAUAUGUCUUAGAUAAGUAAUUAUACUUUUCUUUAUGAUUAAUCAAAUAGUAUUUUUUCAUAGAUAUUUGUUAAUAUGUAUGGAUGCUUAGAUUUAGAUGACUUAAAAACAACAAUUCCAGAUAAUUGUGCUAGUUAAAGUGAGAUAGAUGAGGUUAUAAAUGGAGGCUAAGCUGGCUUUAGUAUGUUUUUAAAAGCGUAAUAAUAUAAUACAACUUCAAAACAGAUUCAGACGAGAUAUAGAUUUGUAGAGAUUUUUGGUUUAUCAAAUUAGUUCAUUCUAAGCUAAUUAAAGACUUAAAUUUAAAACACUGAAGUAAAAUAAGGAUUAAUUUUCUAAGAAUAAUAAACAUAUUCUACACCUGUAUCAUAUGAUUAAACAAUACAAAGCUUUGAUAGAUAACUUUCUUUGUAAUCGGGUCUUGGCCCAUACAUUCAAAUAAAUAUUAAAAUGGAUGAAAUAAUGUAAUUUACCUAAAUUUAAUAUCCAACCAUAACACAAAUCUUAGCCUUGGCUAAUAGCAUUGGUUUCAUAGCAAUUAUUUGUAGAUUUAUUGCAAGAUUUAUAUCAUAAAAUGUCAUUAAAGAAGAUUUUUUUAUUCUUAUUAUGAGGAAUCUAUUUUAAGAUAAAUGCUAACAAGUACUAUAGCAUAAUAAUUUGAUAAAUAAAUGUGAAAUAGUAUUGCAAAUUCAUAAAAUGGAAGAACCUAUAGCUGACAGUAUUUUAGAAUAAUAAAAUAACACUAACCUUGUAGUGCCUAAUUUCUAAAUAUAAUAUUUAUAAAAAAAAAAUAUUGCAAAGAGCUAAUAAAAUAUUAAUACAAAUUUCUGCGAUCGUUUAGAUUCUAUAAAUUCACUAUAAAAUUAAUAGAAUCAGACAAAUAAAAUUAAAUUUGAUAAAAUUGAUUUUAUUUCAUAAAAAGAAUCUCUGAAGGCAUCUAUGAUAAAUAGCAAAGCAACUUUGAAGAUAAAGGAAAAAGAAAACACAAUAAUACAAAAAUCUUUGAAUAAACAAUAAGAAAUAUCUAAGAACGCUUUUAAAACUAAAUUUUAAAACCAAAAAAUAAAAAAAUCUUUCGUUGAUGCAAUAUCGAAAAGGCUAAAAAUUAUUGAUAAUAAUUCUAUGAAAUAAGUUCUUUAAAAUACUAUAUUUAAAUUUAGAUGUUGCAAAAACAAAGAAUAUCUUUUGUAGAAAGGCAUUGACUAAAAAUAAAUGAUAAAAAUUUAAAAAGAAGUAUUAAAGAAUUUAAAUAUUAAUGAGCUCUUUAAGGAUAUAAUAUUUUUGAAGAAAGCAAUUAGUAUGCUACUAAGCUUAGACUAGAUUGCAGCUAUCUAACUUAUAGGUUUGACAGAUAAUUAUAUGACUCUUGAUUUAGAAAGCACAACUUCAAAUAUUAAUUUUUAUUAAAAUUUAAAUCAUUUUGAGUAGUAUUAUGUAAUGCAAUAAUGUGGUCAGAUAUAAAUAGAUUAUAUUCAAAAAUUCUUGACAAAAUGUGAGGAAAAUGAUGAAGUAAGCAUUAUAGAUUAAAGAAUUAUUUCAUCAAUUUCAAACAAUAUUUGA